CGUAGAACAUCAGUCCUCCGCAAUGCUUAGCAUACUCAGACGAUAUUCCUGGCAUAAGUUCGCUAUUGUCACUAGUCAGAUCGGUGGCCACGAUGACUUUGUACGUGCUGUGAGAGAUCAAGUGCUUGCUAUUAUUGACUUUAAAUUUACAAUAAUGGAUAUCUACACCCUAAAAGCUCGACAUGCUGACGAAGCACGUGCAGAAAUUGAAGAUCUGGCCAACAGUGAAGCUAGAGUAUUUUUAUUAUAUUGCAACAGGCAGGAAGCAAUGUACAUAAUGAGGGCAGCGAACGAACUAGAGCUCACCGGGAAAAAUUAUGUUUGGAUAGUCACGCAGUCUGCAGUAGGUCCAGCUUUCGACAACACUCCGCCUCCACCAGAUUUUCCACCUGGACUAUUAGGUAUCCAUUUUAAUACCACGAUGACUCGAUUAAUGGAAGAGAUUGAACGAUCAGUGAAAAUAUUCGUUUAUGGAUUGGAACUUUUUUUGAAGGAUCCCCAGAACCACAAUAUGACUUUGGCUCCUCGAUUGAACUGCAGUGCAAACAGCGAAAUCAGAUGGAGUCAAGUCACAUUUUAA